AUGAGCGCAGGGAACAGUACGUCGAGUUACUUGCAGACUGGGCGACAGCGGUCUUCCGUCAUUUUUGAUACAAAUACCACCCUUUCCGGACCGGUGCUUCCGUGGAUGAAAACCGAGUCGAGGAGUUCAUUUGGCGCAUCAUCGCGUACGUCCCUCGACACAUCCAGUUUUCAUGUUGUGAAGCGGUAUGCACCUGAUCCUUCACUUAAAAAGAAGCAACGAUGGACCGCUCAUAAAUGGUGGCUCCUUCUUUCAAAUACAAUCUUAUUUAUCUAUGGAUUAGCCAUCUUAUUAUUGGGCUUAUUAACUAUUUUCAAAUGCAAACAAGUAAAUGACCACUUACUCUACGACUCAGUGAUCACGGCAACCGGUACUUUAUGUCUCAUUACAUCACUGAUUGGUUACGCCGGCAUCAUGCUCAAUAACCGGGCCAUUCUUACUGUGUACAACUUCUUACUGUGGCCUUGUUUUGGAAUGAUUGCUGCCAUCGGGUAUGCCUCGUACCGAAAAAAUAAAUGGAAUCUCGAGGGCAAGCUAUCUUAUCAGUGGCAUUAUGAUCUCUCAUCCGAUGGCCGAGCAAGAAUUCAGGCCAAUCUGCACUGCUGUGGAUACAAGGCAUUUUCAGAUUAUAAUGAACGAUCAAACAAGUGCUUUCCACGCACAUUACUGCCGGGAUGCCGAUUUAAAUAUCAAACGUUUACAAGGGAAGCGCUUACCAAGACAUACAUUGCGGCCUUUUCCAUGGUACCUGUCCAUUUAUUUGUCAUGUUCUCAGCGCUGCUCUGUUCGAAUCACAUCAACCGUCGUUUCAGAAAACGGUUGCCUCCAAAGAUGUACCGCCUUGAUUAUAAGGGGCUCGUUGAAGGCACACCUACAGGAAGCUCUCUGAAUGUGCAUAAAGAAGGACUCCAGCAGCGUCACAAUUAA